CCAUCUUGAAUUUAGUAUUGUGCCAGUCGGGGGGGCGGUGACAUAUUUUACCCGUCAUCGUCGUAAUUUUGUGAAUUUGUUGUAAAAACGCGAAAAUAAGUGUCGUUCCGUCGUGUAAAUAGUUUAUGUCAGGACUGAACGUGAGGAUGGCGGGUCAGACUAUAAACGAUAGGCUGUUGGCCGCCCGCCACAGCAUCGCCGGGCAGGGUUUAGCUAAAUCCGUUUGCAAAGCUACCACUGAAGAAAUGAUAGCACCCAAAAAGAAACAUUUAGAUUAUCUAGUCCACUGCACAAACGAGCCCAACGUGUCGAUACCACAGCUCGCCAACUUGCUGGUUGAGCGCACACAGAACACCAAUUGGGUGGUGGUGUAUAAAGCUCUAAUAACUGUUCAUCAUCUAUUAGCAUAUGGGAAUGAGAGGUUCACACAAUAUCUAGCAUCGAGUAAUUCAACAUUUCAACUUAGUAAUUUCCUAGACAAAAGUGGAGUACAAGGCGCGGCCGGUGCCCGGAUUGGAUAUGACAUGUCCCCGUUCAUCCGGCGGUACGCUAAGUACCUCAAUGAGAAGGCGCUUUCCUACAGGACUGUGGCCUUCGACUUCUGCAAGGUUAAGAGGGGCAAGGAAGAAGGGUCCCUCCGCAUGAUGAACGCGGAGAAGCUUCUGAAGACCCUGCCAGUGCUGCAGGCACAGCUGGACGGACUCCUGGAGUUCGACUGCACCGCCAACGAUCUCACUAAUGGCGUUAUCAACAUGUGCUUCAUGCUGCUGUUUAGAGAUCUCAUCAGAUUGUUCGCGUGUUACAACGACGGCAUCAUCAACCUAUUGGAGAAAUACUUCGACAUGAACAAGAAGAACUGCCGCGAGGCUCUCGAUCUCUAUAAGAAAUUCCUCAUCAGGAUGGAUAGGGUCGGAGAGUUCUUGAAGGUGGCAGAGAACGUGGGUAUAGACAAGGGCGACAUCCCCGACCUGACCAAAGCCCCCAGCAGCCUGCUCGACGCGCUCGAGGGACACCUCGCCACGCUCGAGGGGAAGAAGGGAUCCGCUGCCAACACUCCCACACAGACAGCUAGCGCCCAAAAGAACGUAGCAAGCGUAAUGGGAGCCCUAUCUUCCACAUCGUCGUCAUUCGGUAACGCGGCCGCGUCCACCCGCCUGGACAACCAGCCCAACGGCGCCUCGCCGCUCUUCAUCGACGACACGCUCAAGCAGCAGGCACUGGCUGAGGAGGAAGCUGCCAUGAACCAGUAUAAGGUUCGCUUAUACCAAGGCGAAGAGUGGACGGGGGAGGAAGACGUUAAUGAGAUAGUAAAUAAGGUGCAAUCUCCAACGAACGCGGCGAACAACCCGUUCCUAUCAUCGGCGCCGACCAAUCAGAACGCGUCUAUUGUGGACCUGUUUGGGCCUUCGCCGGCCGAUACCACUAGUACUACGAGCAAGGCGAGCGAUGAUCUGUUGUCUCUGGGCAAUCCGUUCGCUGAUAAUAUGUUUGGAGCGGCGCCUGCGGGGACAGCGCCGGCGUGGCCGCAACAGCCCAGCAACGGCUUCGCCGCCUUCCCGGCACAACCACAGAACAACUCCUUUGUGUCCGAGGCUAACUUCUCUAACGUUUUUGAUAACACUGACUCGGCAGCUGCCGCGGCUAAUCCGUUCAUGGGUAUGGGAGACCUCACACAGCCGAUAUCCGCGUCGCCCGCCCGUCCCCCUCCCCCCGCCAUCCCCCCGCAACCCAAGUCCGCGUUCGACGACCUCGAGGACGCCAUGCGCAUGUCUCUGGGAGGCUCCCCGGCCAAAGCCCCGCAGCCAAUCACGCAACAGCCGCAGCCAAUGGCAGCCCAGCCUUUCAGUGACGUCAUGUCCAUGCCGAUGUCUCAGCCAAUGAUGUUCGGCUCGCCAGCGCGACAACCCAUGAUGCCCAUGGGAGCGACCGGUCAGCAACCACAGCAGCAACAAGGCAAGGUGUUGACAGGUGAUCUGGACUCCUCGCUCGCCCAACUGGCCAACAAUCUAUCUAUCAACAAAACCGCUACAGCUCAGAAACCGAUGCAGUGGAACUCGCCGAAGAAUGCAUCCAAACCUGGACAAACGUGGACGCCGCAGCCGAUGCAGGCCACCACGGGCGCCGGGUACCGACCAAUGGGCCCAGGCAUGAAUCUUCCACCAAUGCCCCAUACUAUGCCCCAUGCAUAUCAUCCCCCGCAUUAUAUUAUGCAACAGCCAGGCAUGGUAAUGGGCAUGCAAGGAGCGCCCAUGAUGCCUAUGGGGAUGGUACAACCUAUGCGGCCCGCCGUGCCCCCACAACCCACCACUAACCAAUUCAGCUAAACACCACACAUCAUUUUGAAGGUUUACGUUCAAAAACGACCCGACUGCUUAAAACUAAACCUUAAUAUAAGACUCACAAGUCUAAAUAUAAGAUUAUUUUGAUGUAAUAGCGAAAGUAUUAUAUUUAGUAAUUUUUUAAAUAGGUUUUUGUUGGAAUUGAAAUUAUGAUAGGGUUUUUGAGCUCAAUUUUUUUUAUUUAAUGUGAAUGAAAUUACUAAUCUUAUUUUUAAGAUUUUAGUCACUUCUGUAAUAUUGUUUUUUAUGUGAGAUCACAGGCUUUAUCUUGAAAUUACAAUGUGUUUUAGCUAACAUCUUCACAAAAUACUUGUUUUGUUGUCAAGUAUGUUUGUGAAAUGAUUAAGCAGUCGGGUCAUUGUCAUUAUAGGCUGACAUGUAAUCGGUAGGUCGCUUAUGAUUUAAGUGCACCGUUCUGUUGCAAUUUCUAAACGGAAGAUAUCAAUGUCAAUCAAGAUGCGUUCAUCGGAAGUUAGGGUUGCAAGUCGAAAAAAAAACUAGUUAUUUUUUGAAGUUACCUGUAUUUAAUAGUUUGGUGGGAAAAUCUAUUGAGUGGUAUUGUUCAGCUUCAGAUUUUAAUAAUUUGUUUACUAUCCUAUUAACUUAAGAACUUUUUUUGAACUUAAUAUUGAUUAUUAUGACAAAAUUUUAGCAAUGUUUUAUACGAAUAUAUUUUGUCUAUCAAUUAUGAUUAUUACAUUAUGAAUACUUAGUUUUGAAACAAACUAUGUUUAUGUAUUUAAAUUAAAUGAUUACAGGUUAUCUUUACUUCGAUGAUUUCUUUUCAAUUAAAUAAUUUUUAUUUGUCUUAUGAAUUAUAAAUUUCUUAUGAAAAAGGUGCGCAAAAUUUUUAUUUUUCAAAAUUAUACACAUCACAUUCCAUAAUUUUGUACAAAGGAAAAAUAAUUUAUUGUAAAGUGCUCGGUUAUUUAGUUUAUUUUCCUACCUUCGGCAUAGUCAGUAUUUAUGAAUUGGAAUUGAAGUGAGUUCUAAUUUUCUUUAUUCACUUGUCUAAUUAUUCGGCUGAAGUAAGUUUAAUUUUCAGCAUCAGAUGCAUAAAUCGUUAAAAUCAUAGUUAUAUCGGGUAGUCGUCACAUAGGUACCCUUAAAUAAUACUAUUCUAUAACUUUAACUAUGUACUAAAUAAUUAUAUUAUGUGUAUAAAAAUGAAUACUUGCAUAUUUAGUCAUUUACUAAGCCUACGUGUUUUGAAUGCGAUGUACUUUUAGCCUCAAACUGGUUGAAAAUACAAUCGAUUGUCAAAUACUUAUUUCCAUAUCCUCCAGUUAUCUUAUGUAAAAACUGUAUUUGUCAUAUAGAAUAUUAUGUAUAGAGGGUUAUGCAUUAGAUUGUUAUAAAAUUAGAUGUUACGGGUGUAUAUUAUAAAUGUAUGACUGUUGUGAAUAUAUGAACUAGGUGCUUGCUUUUUCAAGGCCCCAUGUCACGAUUCAGCAAAAAACUAAAUUGAAAAUAUUAAUUGCAAUGAAUUUUAAAGGAUCAAUUCGAUAAUCCUGUGUAUGGGACCCAAAAUCAGCUUGAAUAUUCACUCGUUUAUCGUUCUAAGAUGAUUCCUGUUUUGGAGCGUUAAAAAUUUGAAAAUCAACGACUUAAAAUACAGUUGGAUAUUACCAAAUAUAUCGGAACAUUAAGUCUACGCCCUUACUUUAUAUAGUCUUAACAGUUAUUAGCAAUACUUUGUACAAAUGUAUUAGUCGAAGAAAAAAACCGUUCGCUUCUUGUGAUAUUUCAUUUUUAAAGACUGCAUUCUAUAUUUUGAAGUAUUAAAAUAUGCUUUAUUUUUAUGAAAACAUUUCUUAUAUCUAUCGUUUGGACAAAGUAUUGUGUGAUUGUUGCCAUCGUGAACGCGUACAUAAUAAAAUUAAAUCACCCGUGAUUUUCGUAUGGCAACACCUUAAAUAUUGCUGCACUAAUCAGUGUUACUCGUAAAAUAUAUAUUCACAGGUAUAUGUAGCUGUAUAAACGUGGUUAUACUAUAGAAUAGAAGCAAGGGAUAAUGUUUGAACUUGAAACAGCUCAGCCAUGUGAAAUAGGUAGAUGGUGUAUGUAAAUAUAGGUGUUGCAUAGUACACAAUGCUAUCUAAACCUAAUAUGUUACUCCGCUAGCUUAUUCUACAAUAUAAAGGCCAGUGACCGUCUGUAUUCCGUUAUUAAUAGUAUUGCUAAAGUCAGAUUACUCAACACUGAUUGUAAGCAUGACUUGUAACGUCGAUACAUUUUCUUAUGCAGCUGAUUUUAGCAGUAUUACGCAGUUAUAAUGCUGGCUUCGUAGGCGUGUUUUAGUGAGCAAAGAUAGUGCUAAAUGUUAGGCUAAUUUGAUAAUCCAAAUUAAUGAUAUAUGAUAUCAUUUGCAAUAUAUGUUUGAGAUCUGUUGAUUAUUUCAUCAGUUGAAAUGAUUGCUAGUAUUUUUGUGCAAUAUUUUUUCUUUUUUUUUUUCAUGGCAACACUUAUAUUGGUAUAAUAAUCUGUUACUUUAAUGUGUACUUGAAUUAGAUAUCCCAACUACAGGCUUAUGGCAUAGUAAAGACAGCGUAUCCAUAUAGUUUUGAAGUAUUAUGAUUUGAACGUAAAGGACCAGUGAAUUGGUAGAUGUUUCAGUUGGCCAUACUGUACUUCUUAGACGCAUGCUGUGAUGUCAGAUGGAUUCGACUGACUUAUUUCAAAUAGGUGAGAUUCCCUCUUAGUUAACAUUAUAAGUUUCUUUUUAUAAGAGAAUACUAGUUAAACCACAAUUUUUGAAUUAGGUUUUAGUACUCAUAGCGGCCUUUAAAAUUUUUAAGUUGUAAAUUUUAUUCAUUUAUUUUUAUCAAUGUACCUACUGAGUUACGUUUUUAUGUAAAUAUCCCUUCUAUGUUAUUUACUAGCUCUGUCUUUAGAUAUUCAAUUUAGUUUAUUUAUGAAAGUAAUAAAUAAAUAAAUCAAUUAAUAUUA